UUGGCCAGAUCGCCGUCAGAAACAUGUAUUGGAGACUCGCUUUCAUUUCUUUGGCCUGCCUCAUUUAUUUAACAGGUAAUGUAUGACUGAUUUUUUUCACGUCCUAACUUUUAAUCAAACAAAAGUUAAGUAAGUAUCAUACUUAUAUCAUUGUCCAUGUAUUUAAACACAACAUUAUUUGUCACAUUUUGUUUCCAGAGUCGGAGUCUGAUUUUUGUUUACAGGAGGGUACAGCUUUUCCGAUAGAAUUUGUGUAGCUUACAUUGACCUGGUUUUCUAAAACCGGCUUUUAUAAAAAUUUGGACUAAAAUAGUAAAGUUCAUGUAAAUAAUAUUAAACUCAUAAAGCAGUAGCUUGGUAUCGCAUUUGUAGCUAGACUGGUGACCCAUAGAACAAGACAUUGGUAGCUAGACUGGCGACCCAUAGAACAAGACAUUUUUUGCAGGGCUGACGAAUCAUAGAUAAGGCAUUUGUAGCAGGACUGACAAGUCAUAGAACAAGACAUUGGUAGCAGGGCUGACGAAUCAUAGAUAAGGCAUUUUAGCAGGACUGACGAUUCAUAGAACAAGACAUUGGUAGCAGGACUGAAGAGUCAUAGAAAAAGACAUUUGUAGCAGGACUGACGAGUCAUAGAACAAGACAUUGGUAGCAGGGCUGACGAAUCAUAGAUAAGGCAUUUGUAGCAGGACUGACGAGUCAUAGAACAAGACAUUGGUAGCAGGACUGAAGAGUCAUAGACAAAGACAUUUGUAGCAGGACUGAUGACCCAUCUAACGACAUUGGUAUCAGGUCUGAUGACUCAUAAUAAUAGACAGUUGUAGAAGGACUGAAGAUUCAAAGAACAUAGAACAAGACAUUGGUAGCAGGACUGAAGACUCAUAGAACAAGACAGUGGUAGUAGGACUGAAGACUCAUAGAACAAGACAUUGGUAGCAGGACUGAUGACCCAUGGAACUAGACAUUUGGAGUAUUUAUCUCAGUCUACGUAGCCUUAAAGAUCUCCUGGCUCCCAAUCUUCACUCAAUCGCCGCCUCCAAAUAUUCCGACGUAUGCUGAAGAAAUCUCGCUUUAUCCACAGACGCCUGCUUACGUGCAGAGACCAAACCUGUCUAUGAUGACCCAGCGGUCAACUGGAGGUUCUCAAUCAAAUGCAGGUUCUACCCGUGCCGGGGCGACAACAUCAUCAAAGUAAUCUCACUUAAACUUGUGAGAACCUCUGGCUCACGCUCACAGAAAAUAGGUCAAAUCAGCAAUAACUGGUCCAACCGGUUAUUCCAUUACUUCCCAUUUUUUAACAAAGUUGUAUACAGACCCAACCAGGGUCAUUCAUUCCUAUCAGCCCAGUGGACAGUUCCAUACGUGCAGAGUCCCAGUUUCUACCAGUGUGUGGCCGUCGGCAGGGACCGUGCAGGGCGUCUCCGCACUUUCAAGAAACUUGCCUUUUUGGGAGGAGCUGGAAGAUUUCCAUUCGGUAGAUACAAACCCUACAGAACUCGUCUAAGGCAAUGCCUCGCGCGAGAGAAAGCGCUAUCCAAUGAAAGAACGCAAUACCUAACCCAAUUCGUGGCAGUGAGAGACGAACUAAGGAAGAUCAAUGAAGCAAGGGGCAAUCUUUUCCACGGGGCUCUACAUUACGGCGGUCAUCGAUAUUAUGCUUCAAAAUUUCAGUUCGAGACUGUGGAGACGGCUCAGGCGAUCUGUCAGUCGACCGGUGGGUACCUGGUUGAGCUGGACAAUGCCGGCGAGUACUACGCCUUCAGAAAUUACAUCAUCGGGCUCCAUUUAAGGGCAGAGAGCGUUCUUUUGGGGGGCACGGACCAGGCACGCGUGGGCACUUGGGUUUUCCAGCACAGCGGGAGGUACAUACCUUAUUUUGAUUGGGUCCCAGGUGAACCUUCCAAUGGCGGGAUUCAGCGCUGCAUGUCAUUGUGGUUGUCUAGAGGUGCCCGGAUGGAUAACAUCCACUGCUGGAGGGUUGGUUCAGUUGUUCACUUUGCCUGCGAGGUGCCUAGCUCGGCUGAUUUGUAAACGAUUAUGAAUUAAACCAAUCCGAAUUG